AAACACCCCACCCCCGUUGACAUCAACACCUGAAAUUACUCUUCACGCGAUGCAAGGCCUCCGUACUUGGUCCAACGACGUCGUUCACCUCGAACUCACUCCGCCGACAGCCGGCGGAAAGCUCUCAAUCGACGAGGCGGAGACGACGGAGACGAGGAUCCAGCGAUUAAUCGCGGAGCAUCCUGUAAUCAUCUUCAGUAAGUCGUCCUGUUGCAUGUGUCACGUCAUGAAGAAACUUCUGGCCACAAUCGGCGUUCAUCCGACUGUGAUCGAGUUAGACGAGGACGAGAUCGCUUCACUCCCGCCGCCGUCUCCGUCUUCGUCGAUCGAGAGCGGUGGAUUCUCAGAGCGGUGCGCACCGCCGGCGGUUUUCAUUGGCGGAACCUGCGUCGGCGGACUCGAAUCUCUCGUCGCUCUUCAUCUGAGCGGGAAUCUGGUUCCGAAGCUUGUCGAGGUUGGCGCGCUCUGGAUUUGAUGGUAUCUAAUUAAUUGUGUUUAUCAUUGUUGAUGCCAUUGUUGUUGUAAGAAUUAGACUGUUCGAACUUCCAACUCCGCAUAUGUUAUAUGAUAUAUAAGGAAAA